GUUUAUGUUUUUUAAGCAUAUAUAGGGGGGGUAUGGUCCCUGAAGGAUUUUUCGGUCGGUUUUAAAAGGCCUGGUUUUUGCCCUUGCUAGGCCCUGCGUUAGCUCACACCCUCCCUUGGCGCCUCGUUCGGCUAGUGUCCCACCCACUAGCAACAAGAACGGACGUCAGAGCUAAUGCAGUUCGAGUUGGCGGUGGGAAUCGGUGUUGGGCAUCGGUGGAAGGGCCAGGCGUCGGGGGCUAAUGCAGUCGGUUUUAGGUCAGCUCUAAGUGGGUGGGAUGGUUGGCUACGGUUUUGUGUGGUCUUGCAUGGCACUAUUCGACGCGACUGUCAUGGGCACCAGGCAUUUGCUGGUUUGAUCCUUGCUGUAGCAGCGAAAACUUGCCGUGAAAGCCUUUUCAAUAUGGUCGGCUCCGCCUUUGUUUGCAAUGGUUUCCUUUGUUCUGUACCCUUUCGGUGGCAUCCUUACGUUCUAACUG